AUGCAGGAGGCAAACGCCGGGGUGGGCGAGAUGCGGCCGCCGCCGGUGCCGGUGAAGCGAAAAGCGCCAGCACCGAAGGAUGAACCGACACCCAAGCGCCUACAGUUGGGCGACGACCUCCCGGACGAGGUCUCCCGGGAGGACAUCCAGCACAUGCUUGACAAGGCAGAUGAGCUCCAUGUAGAAACCCUGAAUGAGACCGCGCUGAAACGGAUGCACUUGCAGUUUGAGCGCAAGGUCAAGGUCAAUCGGGAGCUGAGGAUCAAGCAUGCGGAUGAUCCGGACAAGUUCCUCAAGAGCGAGGUGGACCUUGAUGAAGAGAUCAAGAAGUUUACCCUUGUCGCGACGAACCCGGAGCUCUACCCGGCGCUGAUCAAACUGGAGACGCUCCCUCUCAUGGUAGGCAUGUUGAACCAUGUGAAUACCGACAUUGCCGUCGACGUCUUCGAGGUGCUUAGUGAGCUCACUGAUCCGGAUGCCAUCGCAGAUGUGGAGGAGCCGGAGGUAUUUCUGAAGGCCCUCUUCGAAGCGCAGCUCUGUCAGAUGACCGUGGACGUUCUCAUGCGCAUUGACGAGACCGCCAGUGACGAGGACUUCAAGGCCGUGACGAACGGUCUCAGUAUGAUUGAGAACCUGGCGGACUCGAUGCCGCAGGACACGUGCAAGCAGUUCCUGGAGAUCCCGAACUUCUUGCCAUGGCUCAUCAAGCGCGUGCGGGCCCAGGGCGCCAUGGACUACAACAAGGUCUAUGCCUCGGAGAUCUUGGGCAUCGUUCUGCAGAACUCGGAGCCAGCGAGGGAGUCGAUGGUGAAGCUCGAGGGGGUCGACAAGUUGCUGCGUGGCAUCGCUGCGUACCGAAAGCGCGAUCCCGCGGACAGCGAGGAGUCGGAGUAUGUGCAGAACAUGUUCGACUGCCUCUGCUCACUGAUGCUGCUGAAAGCCAACCAGUUGGCCUUCGGACGUCUCCAGGGGUUGGAGUUGAUGAUCCGCAUGAUGAAGGAGCACUCUCUGGGGGAUAGGCUUGGGCUGCUGGUGUCGGAUCACUUCAGCCAGAUUGGCGGCCAAACAGAGUCAGCUCCGAACCUCGCCUGGCUCGUCCGAGGGCAGAAAGCCCUCAAUUCCAAACCUCCGACACCUGAAUCCGAAGCCCCGAAGCUCGAGGAGGAGCGCGUCUUCGCCUCGAACCUGGCUCUGAAGCUGGCAGACCAUGCAUUGCGACACUGCCCCGAGAACUGCCAGGUCUUCGUGGAGAAGCUUGGCCUCAAGGUCCUGUUCGCCAUCUUCAUGAAGAGAGGAGCGAAGACCAAAAAGGAGUCGGAGGCAAAGGAGCUGGAGGAGCAUGUGACCUCCAUCGUCCAGUCGCUCUGCAGAUACUGCACAGGGACGCCGGUUGCCCGCGUGCUGAACAAGUUCGUCGAAAGCCAGUUCGAGAAGCUGGAGCGACUGCUGGAGAUGCACGAGGAGUACAACCGCUCAGUAAAGGCCGCAGAUGAGGCCCGGGACCAGGGCCUCGCCCAGAAGAUCGACCGAGAGCCCCUUGGUCUCAGUUAG